GCCCAGCAGGCGCGGCAGCCACCGACCGAGGCGCCACCACCGGCACCGACAGAGGCGGAGGAUCCGUGGACGCGCUGGGAUCCAUGGGCGAGAACGACGAGCAACAGCAGCGGCAGCUGGUGGAACAGCUGGUGGAGCAGCUGGUGGGGUGCCGACGGCAGCAACAGCAGCUGGUGGCAGGGCGUCCCGUCGACAGACGACGGCACGGUGUGGGUCACGAUCGCGCGGCCGGACGAGCUGCUGGUGCCGCACGGGCUGCUGCGCGGCGGCGGCGAGCGAGCGGCCGAGGCACCUGCGUGGCCAGGGGCGCCGGCGCAGCCGGACGCCCGCGCCGAGGCCAGGCCGCUUCCGUCGGCGCCGGUUCAGAGCGGCUUGCCCGCGGGGCUCGCCCAGGAACGGGCCGCGGGCUGGACGGCGACGCUGGUGCCCCCGCCGCCCACGCCGUGGGCACCGACCGAGACGGGCGCGUCCGUCUCGACAUGGAGGCCGUCGGACACGCAAGGACCUACGCCGUGGGGCGGAUUCGAGCGGCUGGACACACACGUAGUGGCAAUCAAGCGCUGGUCCAAGCGCACGGGGCUGCCCGCAGAGCAGCAGGCAGGCAAGGUCAUUGACGGCUUGCCGAUGAAUCUGCAGGAGCGGCUACUACAUCAGCAGGAAGAACUGGACAGCGCAGAAGGGCCAAACGUGCUGAUCGAUUUUCUCAAGAAGUGCAGAGGAGACCAGGACGGUGACGAGGCCAAGGAGAGCUUCGUAUUAGUGCUGGAGAGCACGGAGAUGCGACCAGGAGAGACCUACGCCCAGUAUGUGAUGAGAAGGGACACGCAAGUACGAGCUGCAAGAAAGCACGGUCUCGACCUACCGGAGUCGGUCCAGGAGGGCGAGAACACCAGGGGCCAGGACGUCUACUUCGAGUUCGAGGGGGACCUGAUCAUGGACAACGAGGCCGCGGCGGCUUUCUACGAGGCGAUCGCCGCCCAGGGGCUGGACGAGGAGCGGGCGAUCGUGGCGCUGGCCGCGGUGCUGGACGAGAAGAGGGAGAAGGAGGGCCGCCUGCGGAAGUGGACGGAGUCGAGGGAGCUCAAGAAGGCGAUCGCCCGGGAUCGAGACUUCGACUCGAAGAGGGCUGGGGGCCGACGGGCGCCGCGGCCAAGCGCGGGGAAGCAGAGGCUGAGCAUCGCGCGCCUCAAGGAGAAGACGAGGUGCGCGAACUGUGGGCAGAAGGGUCACUGGAGGAAAGAUUGCACGAACCCCUGCGCGCCGAAGUCGGAGGUCCGCGACAGGGGCCAGGAAGGCGCCGCCGGGGCAAAGGGUUCCACGCGCGUGGCCGCCAGCAGCGACGGGGGCCCCUUCCUCGUGGGAGGCGCUCGCGUCCGGGAGAUUUGCGCGCUGGGGGCCCCGGGGUCAGCCGACCGCCCGGACCAGGAGAUCAACCUGCUGGAGAUCGACGGCGAGGAGCCCGAGGGCAUGGUCGACACGGCGGCCGGGCAGGCGCUCGCGGGAGAGAACCAGCUGCGCGACCUCCAGCUCAAGUACCGCGAGAAGGGCUGGAGCAUCCCGAUGCGCAG